UGCGCUGUGUCCCUCGGACACAGUGGAUCACCGAUCAACGGAAUGAGCCGAAAAUGUUGGCUCGGUCAUGUGAUCAGCUGUGUCCAAUCACAGCUGACCAUAUAGCAGAGCCGGUAAUCGGCAUUCCUCAGCGGGGACAUGUGCACUGAUCAUCAGUGUGCCCUGAUGAUCUGUGUAGCCCCUGUCACUGUCCAUCAGUGCCACCUGUCAGUGCUCAUCAAUGCCACCUGCCAGUGCCCAUCAGUGCCACAUCAAUGCCACAUAUCAGUGCCUACCAGUGCACAUCAAUGCCACAUAUCAGUGCCCAUCUGAGCUGCCUUUCAGUGUCACCCAUCAGUGCCAGUCAGUGCCGGCUGUCAAUGCCAAUCAGUGCCACCUAUCAGUGCUGCCAAUCAGUGCCAGUCAGUGCCGCCUAUCAGUGCCAGUCAGUGCCGCUUAUCAGUGCCCGUCAGUG